GUUCCAUCCUCGUGGCCUGUGCAAUGAUUACGAUGAUGAUGAAACAGAAUUCGGAACAGUCGCCGUGGUCAGCCUCGAGUCUUCAUUUAUCGAUCCUCAUCCGUGCUUAUCUGUUUAUGAUAAGGCAAAAAGAGCAAUACAUCGUGGAGCCACAGCCGUCAUCUUCGUGGUGUCCAAUAACCCAUCAGCAGUCUCACAGUUGGAAGCUGAGAAGUCGGCAGCAUUGGAUCGUCCUAUUGUGCUAAUAACGGGUCAAGAUGCUCAUAAAUUGAUGGAAAUAGUCAACAAAGUGGAGGAGGCUUGGGCUAGGAUACAACCGCCUCCCCAACUCACCCCAGACCCAAGAUACAAGAGUUCCAAUGAGUUCUUUGACAUGGGUAUCUUUGUGGCAUUCUUCAUCCUCAUCUCCAUCAUAUGCCUGCUCCUUGUUCUCAAGUUAAGAUGGAGGCAGAAGAGAAAACAGUCCUCUCAGGCCAGACAAGCAUUGAAUGCACUAUCCAAAAUGGAGGUUAGAAAAUACUGUUCUAAUAAUGAGCAGCGUUAUUCACAGAAGAUCCUUCCAGAUGACAGAUGGGCUACCACACUCAGUAUAGCAUCGGAUGGUACUAUCUGUGCCAUAUGUUUAGAAGAGUUCCGGGAAGGAGAGGAGCUAAGGAUAGUACCAUGUGCACAUGAGUUCCACAAGCAUUGUGUUGAUCCAUGGCUACUCUCAAACCGAACUUGUCCGCUGUGUAUGUAUAAUAUAUUAGAUUGUGGGUUAGAUGGAAAAAGUUCUGAGGCUUCCCCAUCAGGUCAUGUCAGUCCUGUUGAUCAACAACUUCGAGUCAGCUUGCCAAAUUCACCAACAAGAGACGCAUCGUGGGAAGGGGUUUAUGCUGCAGCCCCAAGCCAUCAUCACCAUCGAACAUCAUCAUCACACCAUCACCACCAUCACCAUCAUAAACAUUCCCGAAGCAAAUGUCCGCAGUCAUCGUCCAAGCGAGAACAUCGGUCAACAGCAGUGAGUGGUUCAAAUGUAAGGGAAGGUGUGCCGCGCCUCCCGUCCACCUCUCAGAGCCAGCUUGAGAGAUGGUUUGGAAGGGGCCCGUUAACGUGGCAGUCAAACUGUGAAUACGUGUGCUCACAUUGUCAUAGACAUAUCAAUUGCAACGGUCAGUACAACUCCCAGUGCGUCACCCCACGCCAGCUGGGAUUAGCUUCGUUUGAAAGCCACUAUGUGGUAAAUUCAUCAUACGUCCCUUGGAAUAAUAGCGGCGGUGGUGGUGGAGUGAAUUGCUCACGUGGUGCUAGUGGUAGGAAGGGUGUGUCUCAGGGAUCCAGACAUUACCGGGAUCAGUGCCAUGUACCCGUCCAGGUCCACCUAGAGACAGUCACCUCAACGGCUUGCCAGCAGGGUGCCAUCAACCAGCGCAGGGCUUCCGAAUCGGAAAGCAGCCUCAGCCUAUCGGCGUUCAAUGCAGACUUUGAGUGCAGCGAUUCCACAAGCAGCCCUGAAAACUUUGACAGCACGCAGAGUGUUUAUGGUAGCUCUACGACCUGCCACAGUGAGGUAACGGGAUGUGACCCGUGUGUGUAUUCAAAACCAGGUGUCGUUCAACAGUAUUGGAAUUUAGGCCCACCAGCACAGCUCACACCUUCAUGUGUACAUAAAACAAAGACGCAAUCAUCAAAUCGUAAUCAGAAUAACACUUCAGACAGUGAUGACCCAAAGCGGUCGGGGAGCGACGCCAAUGCUAGUGCCAGCAGCGGCAGUAAUUUCUCAACGCGAGUCAAUACAUCCAGGAGAGACGGCAUCCAGCCGUACAAACCUCAGAGCAGUAUAUCAACCGUUACAACACCAGACUCUGUGUCAUCCCAAGUUAGAACUAAUCAUGUGUGCUCUCCAUCCUCUAAAACCCCCACCCCCUCAGAAUCCAAAACAGACACGCCCAACACCAUCACCCCUCAGACGCAUUAUCCACAACCCUUGCCUAAAUCAACAGACUCUAGUCGGCAGCAGACUCCUUGUGCAUGCUGCGGAGAUAACGAGGUAUGGGACCAGCGGCGCCCUGCAUCACCGGAAGAUAAGGCUCCCUCUGGUGACAAACCUGAGAGAGGGGUCAAGGGCCUUCGGAGGUCAAGUAGAGGGACACCUACCAGAAAACCAAGAGGUCAUUUGACUCUUCCAGUGCAAUCUGUAGCUACUCUCAAGAACACCCAGGGAACAGUCAUUACCAUGCCUGUACAAGGAACGUCACCUCCUCCUACUGGUGCUGCAAACACCUCACGCAAGGUCAUGGAAGAAAUAGUAUGACCUUUUGACCUUGUGCUCAUUUGCCAUUCUUCAACUCCAUCCGCAACGUAGCAUCUGUGGGCCAUGUUCUGAAAGUUAUCAGCACCAAAAAGGAAUCUUCAUUCUCUGACAGCUACUAUGGUAACAGCCAGACACAUUUGCUUGUAUACCAAUCAAAACCAAGGAAAGUUGUCAGAUAUGACACCUUGCCAGACAGCAAAUAUUGAUGAAACACCUCAUUCACCGAUCAUUGAUGUUAACAAUUUUCACAUGAAUUUAACGGCAUUCAACGACAGGGUAAAUCCACUCAGUACUUUCAUCAUUCCAUACGGCUUGGAGUAUGGUCUACCAACCAGUAGGGAUCCAGUGCAGGGCUUCGUUUAGUCAACUUGUUACAGAUAAGGUAUAAGCUGCUGUUAAAAGCUACUGAAAUGAUGGACAGCGAUCAUUCAAGCGAUAAUUUGCUGUGGGUUUUUUUGACACAUUUUUAAUUAAUAGUAAUGAAAUGGAAUAAUGAAAUGCACUUUAGGGGGUACCAAAACUAAAUAUAAGAUUUAACUAUCAAGCUAAUGAAAAUUAGAGACAGAUUUUACUUUUUUAUAAGAAAUAAUACUUGCUAUUUGCUUCCUUGAAUCAAACACUAACAAUACAUUUUGAAGGGGGUAUACGGUAUAAUCUUUCCCCAUCUUUUUUUUCAAGAUUGUAUUACUUUAUCGGUCAUGGUUAGUGGUAUUGUGCAUUGAGUAGAUUAUAAAUGUUAAAAAAUUAAUAUUAGAUAGGAAUAUCAAACGGGGAUAACAUGUAUCAUUUUUAAAUAUGAAUGUAUGGAAAUUGUAUUAUCCAGAAUUGAUUGUAUUUCAGAAUAUCAGUAUUUAUUGAAUUGACCAUUUCAGAAGCACAUUGAAUCUUUAGUGAAUAAUGUAGAUGAAGUGUAAACGUAAACUAUUACAAUGGAAAGUGUUAAUUAGUCCCAGUGAUUUUAAACAUUUUCGAAUCAUAUGAGCUAUUUAUUUUUACUUACUGCUUUUUUUUCUCUUCUAGAGAUUGUAACACUACAAUGCAGUAUUGAAAAAAAGGGUUUACCUUAUUUUAAUUGUCAUAUUGAUAAAGAUAAAAGUAUUAAAAGUACUUAAAGUAAUGAUUGAGGAUGGUGCAAAUUUUCAAGUUGUAUAAAAAAUAUUAUGAAAUAUACCUCUCCCAUUGCCAAUUACACAUAUUACCAAAUCAUUGAUAAUUUGCAUAUUUUAUAUUUGUUAUUACAGGGUAAACACAAUUCGGCUGCAUACAUAUUGUCCAUUUUGUAAUUCCUGACUGACACAUAAAAAAUGAGAAGAGAUCACUAAUUUCUUACAUAAUUUAGCUCCAAAUACAGGAAAUGAUAUACAGUGCAUUUCAAAGAAUAUGUAAUGAAGCCAGAUAAAAAUGAAUAAAUAACGGAAAGAAUAUGAUCCCGUUUACGCUUUGAUGGUAUUGGCAUGGAACUCAUGCGUCUCUUGUAAGAUCAGUAUUACUUGUAUAAGCAUUAUUGUGUUAGAUAUAUGUUUGCAUAGUAUUCUUCAACUUCAGUCUGUCUUUUUUUUUAACUUCUUGUUUUGUAUAAAGAAAUCGUUUUAUUUAUUUCACUCAGGGUACGUGUAUGUAUUACAUAGAGGCUUGUUCAUGUUAUCCUUGCAGCUCGGAACUUCAUGAUAAACCUGUUUUUAUGGUUAAUUGCACACUCCAUAACUAAUAUACUACAGAGAGAUUGUAUAUUGAUGAUAGAUAGAGAAUAUGAUAAAGAUUCGAAUUUAGAGUUGGGAUAAAAUCCAAGUUGGAUUGUGACUUUAUUUGUCAAGUCAUGUUUAUAUUAUAUUAUUAUAGUCAUCAUUUUAAUAGUGACUUAGAAGAAGUCUUGAGAAGAAAGACAAUGUACAACAUUUGAAAAGCAAUUGAGUCGGACAGGAAUUUAUUAACCAUGUAGAUGUACUCAAAUUAAUGAAACGUCAUAUUUAUCGCAUGAAUUUGUAUGAAUUUUGCAAAUAAUAUGAAUAGGUAGGUUUGAUAGGGUGGGGGUAGGAAAAGAUGGUCAUGCAAUGUUGUAAUUAUCUGACAAUCAAAAGGGUUUAAGGUUUAUUGUCCCAUAUGUGUUCCAUUCAUUCUACCAAAGUUAAUCACACAAGUUAAUUAGAUUUCAUGAUUUUUUUAUUUGUACAUAGGAUUUUCUUCAUAAAAUGAAGUUUAAUGAUGAAUGAAUCAGUAUUGUCUUAUGACUCUCUGAGAGAAAUGAUGUUUUUAAUGCAUAUUUUUAGUAUGGUACAAAGAUAUAUCCCGGGGGGGGCCACUUACAUUGACGAGUGGAUACCA